AUGGUCAUGCUCCAAGCUAUAGCUGGUUUCCUCCUGAGAUCUAAUAGUUCUGACCCAUAUGGAAGUAAGAUUGACCUUCUCGCUGCAACUACUUUGGAUGGUGAACAGUACGAUCUCUGCAGCAAUAAGUGGAAACGUGAAGGCGUUUGUGACUCCGUCACACUCAAACAACAAGCAAAAAACCUGAGAACAAACGCAACAAUUCUAUCGAGAUUGAUCAACAUGGGCUGCUCAAAGUGGGUGGUGGCCAUGGACUGGACCGGUGUUGAUGGCUACGCGUAUAUCCUUUCAUUCCGAGAUGGUAUUUUCGUGGCACAUCCAUACGCUAACUUGAUGGUACCUAAACGCAGCACGCAACUGAAACUCUUCAGGGAAACACUUGACUUCAUGUUCAAAUGGAAGCAUGUGCUGCUACGCUUGGCGACCGAAAUCGAUUCACAACCUGGAAGAAGAAGCGCCCUUCGCGGCAUUGUAAAAGACACUUCCAAUGUUGCAAGAAUCAAGACUCCCACAGUAGUCAUUACUCCAAAGUCGCGCAAACGGUCAAUUAACGAGAUUUCUGAAUAA